AUGUUGGCGACCAGAGUAUUUAGCCUGAUUGGCAGGCGUGCAAUUUCCACCUCGGUGUGUGUCCGGGCCCAUGGAAGUGUUGUAAAGAGUGAAGAUUUUGCUCUCCCGGGUUAUGUGGACCGGCGUGACUACCCCUUGCCCGAUGUGGCCCACGUCAAGAACCUGUCUGCCAGCCAGAAGGCCUUGAAGGAAAAGGAGAAGGCUUCCUGGAGCAGCCUCUCCAUUGAUGAGAAAGUUGAACUGUACCGCCUUAAGUUCAAGGAGAGCUUCGCUGAGAUGAACAGGAGCACAAACGAGUGGAAGACAGUGGUGGGCGCGGCCAUGUUCUUCAUCGGUUUCACUGCGCUCCUCCUUAUGUGGGAGAAGCACUAUGUGUACGGCCCCAUCCCGCACACCUUUGAAGAGGAGUGGGUGGCCAAGCAGACCAAGAGGAUGCUGGACAUGAAGGUGGCCCCCAUCCAGGGCUUCUCGGCCAAGUGGGACUACGACAAGAACGAGUGGAAGAAGUAA